UUAAUAAUUCAGGCUUUAACUUGACUGCGGGUCCCGCAGCUGCCACACUGGCCGGACUUGGACUGGACCCGGACUGAGUCGAGCAGAGUUCCUGUGAUGCCCCAGGGCGGGGGCUGAGCUGGCUGGGGACACAAUGCCGUACGUGGACCGACAGAAUCGCAUCUGUGGCUUCCUGGACAUCGAGGAGGAUGAGAACAGCGGCAGGUUCCUUCGGCGGUACUUCAUCCUGGACACCCAGGAGGGAAGCCUGCUGUGGUACAUGGACAACCCUCAGAAUCUGCCCAAAGGUACAGAGAAGGUUGGAUCUCUCAAACUCACCUAUAUCUCCAAGGUCAGCGAUGCCACCAAACUCAGACCAAAGGCAGAGUUCUGCUUCGUCAUCAACGCGGGGAUGAGGAAGUUCUAUCUGCAGGCCAACGACCAGCAGGAUUUGGUGGAGUGGAUCAGUGUCCUGAACAACGCCACAAAGAUUACUGUGCCGAAGACCGGGGACGGCCAGGCCGCCCAGGUAGAGACACCGCAGGAGGUCCUCGGCGCUAUGAAGCAAGUGUCUUACAAAACGGAGAUCAUAGGUGGAGUCCCCAUCAUCACAACCACACAGGAGCAGGGCGACGGCCAGAAUGGCGGCUCCGAUCGUGGAAAGCGGGUUCAAAAUCAGAUGCCCUACUUCCUGUCCAGAGCAGCGCAGGACCAGUCCGUCAUCAAGGCUGGCUACUGUGUAAAACAAGGAGCUCUGAUGAAGAACUGGAAGAGGAGAUACUUCAUGCUGGACGAGAAGGCCGUCAGCUACUACAAAUCGGACCUGGAACGAGAGGCGCUCCGGGUCGUCCCGCUGAAGGAGAUCCACAAGGUCCAGGAGUGCAAGCAGAGCGAGCUCAUGAUGAGGGACAACCUGUUCGAGAUGGUCACCAGCUCCAGAACCUUCUACAUACAGGCGGACAGUCCGGAGGAAAUGCACAGCUGGAUCAAGGCCGUCUCCGGGGCCAUCGUGGCCCAGCGCGGCCCGGGACGCUCCGCCAGCACGAUCCGUCAGGCCCGACGGCUGUCCAGCCCGUGUAUACAGAGGUAUACACCAUUCUGCGUUGGCGAAUGCAGCACGGGUGCAGUGACUCCGCCUCCCCCACCUCCCAGUUCGAGCCGGAACUACGUUACCCAGAAUCCCCCCCAGCGGGUGCUGAGCCUCACGCUGGACUCGCAGCACCAGGACAACUUCCUGAGCCUCCUGCCGUGGCGGCUGAGCGCUGUCCAGUCCGUGAUGGUGCCCCUCCCCCCGGCGCGCUCCCGCCUCUCGCUGCAGGAGACGCUGCAGUCCUCCAAGUGAUGGGGAACGAGUCGCCGUGGAAACGCCGCAGCGCCGCCGGCGGGGGGCAGCUGGGCGAGGAAUCUGACGUGCAGAUGAGCCUGAUGUGAGCUCGGAGAGGCUGGCGGUGACCGACAGCAUCGACACAAACACGCACACACACUUCCACACGACCUGCACCUGCACCUGCACCUGCACCUGCACCUGCACCUGCUCCGACACUCCGACCCUCCGAGGACCCGCCUCCGAGUCCAGGUCCAGGUGUGACGUCUGCAGAGAAGAUCCUGCUCUCCAUCGCUGACUCUUUACCCGUGCAACUUAUCUGGAUCAACCUCUGGAUGGACCUGAAACCAGGACUAGUAGAACUGAAACCAGGACUAGUGGACCUGAAACCAGGACUAGUAGAACUGAAACCAGGACUAGUAGAAAAAAAAUCAGGACUAGUAGAACUGAAACCUGGACUAGUGGACCUGAAACCAGGACUAGUAGACCUGGAACCAGGACUAGUAGAUCUGAAACCAGGACUAGUGGACCUGGAACCAGGACUAGUAGACCUGAAACCAGGACUAGUAGACCUAAAACCAGGACUAGUGGACCUGGAACCAGGACUAGUAGACCUGAAACCAGGACUAGUAGACCUAAAACUAGGACUAGUGGACCUGAAACCAGGACUAGUAGACCUGAAAUCAGGACUAGUAGAACUGAAACCAGGACUAGAAGAACUGAAACCAGGACUAGUAGAACUGAAACCAGGACUAGUAGAACUGAAACUAGGACUAGUGGACCUGAAACCAGGACUAGUAGAGCUGAAACCAGGACUAGUAGAACUGAAACUAGGACUAGUAGACCUGAAAUCAGGACUAGUAGAAGUGAAACCAGGACUAGUAAAACUGAAACCAGGACUAGUAGAAAAAAAACAGGACUAGUAAAACUGAAACCUGGACUAGUAGAACUGAAACCAGGACUAGUAGACCUUAAACCAGGACUAGUAGAACUGAAACCAGGACUAGUAGAACUGAAAUCAGGACUAGUAGACCUGAAACCAGGACUAGUAGACCUGAAACCAGGACUAGUAGACCUGAAACCAGGACUAGUAGAGCUGUAACCAGGACUAGUAGA